UCUGCCUCAGGUGAGAAGGAGCAGCAGUAUGAGAACUGAGAGCAGUGACUGCUGGUGCUGGAGGUCUGGCCAGCUGGCCUGCCUGGCUCAGCUUUGAAUUAUCGAUAAGAGAGAGAGAGCGGCGGACCCACGCGUGUGAAAACGCCCAGAAAGCAAUGCGGCAAAGGGAGCUCUGCCUUGCCUAGAGCUUUCCCGGGCAGCCCUCAGCUGGGGAACGCGGCUGUAGCAGAGGCGCUCAGCUUGCCGCUUCCUUCUCGGAGAACUUGCCAGGCUCCUCCGCGCUCUUUCACCUUUAUCGGGCCGAGCUGCGUGGAGAAGGAGCUCACAGCAGCAGGCGCCUCCUCCCACCCGGCAGCCUCCGCCCCACGACGAUGCUACUCGAGCUCCUCGCUGCCCUUGACACCAAUUCCUCCGGGCAGCAACGAAGCAGGCAGAAACAGGUCGAGACCACGCGCUCCAGCUGCUGCCUGGGCGACCGCCUCUUUCUUCUGCUCCGCGGCCUCUGAUUGAAUUCCGUUUCAGACGCUCACACAAAGGGCCCCUCGUCCUCGCACCGCCCGCCUCCUCCGCUGCCGCCGCCGCCUCCUCCUCCUCCACUCGCUGCUAGAAGCCACGUCAUGGGAAAUAAAUAAAUAAUCCCAUUCACCCAGUGACAGGGCGCAAGAACCGGCGGCGGCUGCAAGAUUAGAUCCAGCCCACCCAAGCCUAAGCUAGAGCGAAACAAGCCAGGGUUACAGAGAUUAAAAAAUGCCACCAGCAACAACACCACAGUAUGCGCCCCCUGAUGGAGGAUGGGGCUGGGUCGUAGUCUUUGGAGCUUUUAUCUCCAUUGGAUUUUCCUAUGCAUUCCCUAAAGCCAUUACAGUGUUCUUCAAGGAGAUACAGGAGAUCUUCAAUACAUCAUAUAGCCAGAUAGCAUGGAUAUCAUCAAUCAUGUUGGCUGUCAUGUAUGCAGGAGGCCCCAUAAGCAGUGUUUUGGUGAACAAGUAUGGUAGCAGGCCAGUCAUGAUAGCUGGAGGGGUACUGUCUUCAUUUGGAAUGGUUGCAUCUUCUUUCUGCAAUAGCAUCCUGGAGCUUUACAUAUGCAUAGGUGUUAUUGGAGGUUUAGGCUUGGCUUUCAACUUGCAGCCUGCCUUGACAAUGAUUGGCAAGUAUUUUUAUAAGAAGCGCCCUAUUGCCAAUGGACUUGCCAUGGCUGGAAGUCCAGUCUUUCUAAGUACUCUUGCACCUCUUAAUCAGUUUCUUUUUAAUGCUUUUGGCUGGAAGGGAAGCUUUCUCAUUUUGGGAGGGCUCCUCUUGAACUGCUGCGUGGCCGGGUCCCUCAUGAGACCGGUUGGACCAAGACUAGCCCCACCAGUAAAAAAAGAUGUGGAGAAGCUUAAAGGAGACUCUGCCUUGCACAAGAAUGACAAGAAAUCUGUUUGGCAAACCAUCAAUAAAUACUUAGAUUUAUCCCUCUUCAAACACAGAGGGUUUUUGAUUUAUUUGUCUGGAAACGUUAUCAUGUUUCUUGGUUUCUUUGCCCCAAUUGUAUUCUUAGCUCCUUACGCCAAGCGCAAAGGAAUUGAUGAAUACUCAGCUGCUUUUUUGCUCUCCAUUCUGGCUUUUGUAGAUAUGUUUGCUAGGCCAUCAAUGGGUCUUAUUGCAAACUCAAAAUUGAUCCGGCCCAAAAUCCAAUAUUUCUUUAGUUUUGCUGUCUUGUACAAUGGGAUAUGCCACAUCAUGUGCCCACUGGCUGAUGACUAUACAGGCCUGGUUGUGUACGCAGUACUUUUUGGACUUGCAUUUGGAAUGGUCAGCAGUGUUCUUUUUGAGACGUUGAUGGACCUUGUUGGUGCUGCAAGAUUUUCCAGUGCUGUAGGACUCGUCACAAUCGUGGAAUGCUGCCCUGUUCUUUUAGGCCCUCCUUUGGGAGGUUGGCUUGUGGACAUAACUGGAGACUACAAAUACAUGUAUUUUGUCUGUGGUGUAAUUGUCACCUUUGCAAGCAUUUGGCUCUUCAUUGGGAAUGCUAUCAAUUACAGACUUUUGGCAAAGGAGAAGAGAUUAGAAGAAGAAAGACAGAGAGCACUUAAGAAUGCUGAUUCCAAGGAAGUGGAACCUUUGACCCACAAAGAGAGUGAAGAAGCAGUCAGCAGGUCCAGCAAACUGCAAGAUAAUCCUUCAGAAAGAGAAACUAAUAUUUAAUUAGAAAUUUGGUUCCAAUAUUCAUAUUUAUAACUUCCACUAGAAGUAUUUCUCCAAAGUACAGGCCAGGUUUUGUAGUAAUAAUGAUCAGUCACAAUACUAAAUAGAACUAGGAGUUUGAAGAAGAAAAAUUUCAAUUAGACCACAGUCCUACCCAUUCCACACAGAGACAGAAAAGCACAGAGGGGCUCCUCAUAAAGCAACCCCAUACCCUUCCCUCCUCUUCCAUGCUGUUCCUGAACCAGAGUUGCAAUGCCAGGCAUGUUGCCAUGUGCCCAGAGACUCAAUCAAAGUGAAACUCUCUUGCAUAUUGUCUUGAAGCAACUUGUACUUCCCUGGAUGUGCAAGCCACUUGCAGGGUUAGCAUGGUGUGGGGACGCUAUGCUGCAGUCUUAUGCAGAGCAAUUCUACAUUCUGUUCCCUGUGCAUGGUCAGAGCAGGACUGUGGCAUUGUGUUGUGUUUCAUUUUGGUGUCAAACGUGCUAGGACUCCUGUUGAAAUGGGUUUAAGUGAGUCAGUUCAAAAAUUUCAGGGCAGCUUCACACAUAAUGGCAGCAAGUAAGUAGGAGGAAACCAUGAGUUCCGAUCAAGCAUGUGCUCACAGCGUGAGUCAGUACAUCCACCUCUAUCUGUGUUGUUCAAACCCAGAAAUGUCAGGUUGCCAAUGUUGUGUCUUCUCUGGUACCUAAAAAUUUGUAAUCUAGAUUUGGUUGAGUGAUGGAUGUUGAGUGGCAGAGGGGACCUAGGGCUGGCAACCCAACAUUUCCAGGUUAAGAUAACAUGGAAAGGGGCAGAAGUAGUGGCUUGCACCAGGAGCAGGUACUUGGUGGGAACAAACAGUUUCCUUCUCCUUAUUUGCCAGUGUUACAUGCGAAGCUGCCCAGACACUCUAAUCAGGGUAGAACUUUGACUGUAAGGUCUUCCAAUAACUAUUAUCCUUGCUCCAAACAAAUUGUCAAUGCAAAAAUAUGUGCUUGUCUGGUAAAGGAAGAAAACAGUCUUAAUCCUCAGGAUAUUAUGAACAUCUGCUUACCUCUUCAUAUGGCAUAUUUUUGGCCACUAGGAGGAAAGAAUGUCAAACCAUGAGUUUAAAUACAGAAGUAAAAAUGGAGUCACCAUUAAACGCUACUUGAGUAAAAGUGCACAAAAAUGAAUUACCAUUUUAUGGUGCAUUUGCAGAAGAUCAAAAAAGGUGUGAUAUUACUGAUAAAACAUCACUAUGUGAAUUUAAAUAGCUAAUGAAAUCAGAAUCCAGAAGUGGUAGAUUUUAUUGCUGAAUGCCAUACAUACUUUAAUUACAAUGAAUGAGCAGUUAUUUCCUGCUGCUAUAGCUAAUUAGCCAUUUAAAUAUUUAUGCUCUGAUCCUUAGACUUGCUGUGAAAGCAAAUACUACUUAGGAUGGGGUAUAGCAACAAUUGUUGCAUCAUUUAAAAAUCAUAAAUAUAUAUGCUAACACAGAUGUUUAGGAUCAAGCUAUAAUUUGAAUAUGUUGCUUUGUGUCCACUUUAUUUCAAAUAUGUUUGAAAUCUGUUUUCAUUCAUGGUUAUUCAAACAUAAGUAGAACAUGACCUCCCUGUUGCAUUACCAACUUUUCUAUCAUUGGCGGGCCAUUGCAUCCUCCAAACAAGGGUCUGAGGUAAAGCUGCUUUCCAGUAAAGCUGCCACCAUCCAGGAGUAAGUGUGUUGCUGUUACAGCAAGCAUAUGCCUAAACCCUUGUAGAGCUACCACGAGCCAGAUAACAUAACACAUCUAGCCUAUAGACCACCAGCUGGCCAUCUCUCUGAGGAUGUGAUUAUCUCUCUUUUAGAAGCAGAAUAAAUUCAAAGAGAGAGAGGCAAUUCAGAUACCAUAUAAGAUUUUUGUCUCUGUGAGUCAAAACUAAUUCAUUGAAGGUCAGUCUCCUCAUUGGUUCAUCUAACUUUGGCCUAGGUUAUAACAUGCCUAGGACAGAAUUGUUUUAGGAGUCCUGCUGAAAGUGGCUACCUCCAAAAUCAAUACUUUGUUUUUCUUUAUGUGAGUUAAUAGUAACUCCUCACUUCUGUGGAAGAAAGUAAAGUGAUGCAUUCAAGAGCACACUUGGGAUAAGAAUUCAACCUGUCCCCUGUUGAGUCCAGUUUUUGGGGUGAGGGACAGGUUUUUCUCCCUCUCAGCUUUGUCAUACUAUAGCACAUUUGCUUUGUCUCACAUAACUCAAUAAUAGGCUUUAAAAAUCUGUAUAUCCCCAUCCCUUCAUUUGAAUCUCUCAUUAGUUUACUUGAUUUAGGUCCUUUAGAGUGAGACAGGCUAUCACAUGACCACUGGGAAAUAAGGGAUAUCAUGAACCAGCAUCUCAUACUCCCGGCAGGUGUCAUGAAAACCCACCAAUGUCCAGUUUUUGAGCUGACUCCUAACUUUCACCUGACAUUCGCCACCCAACUUCAAAUGUAGUGUCUGAAUGUCAGGAAGAAGUCGAGUCCAGACAUGGGUGGGUUCACACAACAUGCCCACUGAAAGCAUGUACUGCAGGUUCCUGACAUUUUCCUGGCCGUUGUGUGAAACUGCCCAAAGUGAUGAUCAUCACUUGUUGCUUUAUAUACAGCCAUGGUUUAUAGUUAAGUACAAAUAGGGGCAAGUCACACAAUCGUCCUGGGUGGUCUGGGAAGGCACUGGGAGAAGGCUGCACUUAACCUACCUCCCCCCCCCCAGACAACCGAACUUUCCUCCAUCAGUGCACCUCCUACGCGCCCACACAGUCAGCCCUGCUCUGUGCAGCUCCAUGAAGCACAAAGCAGGAUGUAAAGUUCUGGGACUGGACCUAUUUGUUCUGGCCUCCAGGCAUCCCUCAAUACAAUGCAUGGCACAUGCGUUGCAUUGGGGAUUCCCCCAUCAGAUGGACACUCUGUGUCCCCAUCUCUGUGACUCCUCAGGUUGCAUGCAGCCCAAGGAAUCACACGAUAUCCAGUAGCUGGGGGUAAGGGUGCAAGAACAUCCUUAACCUUGGGUAAAAGCCCGAUUUGUUAAGGGGGUUAGGUGGGCAGGGAGAGGAGGGAUCUGCGAAGAUGCUGCUGCUUCUCACAAUCAGCCGAACCCUGCUUGGGGCAGCUGAUGUAAAUUAAAUGCAUUGUUUUUAACAUAAAAUUUCCCACCUUUCUACAUGGUAAAUGUUAGCUCCUUUCACCCCCACAAAAAGUGUUUCACAAUCAGUGUGAUAAAAGACAAUAAAGCUCUUCUCACGAUCAGCCAUAUCGACUGCCCACAUGAUUACUGGCUCUAUCAUGGAGCCAGUUGGGACAGUGGGGAUCGGGGGCCACCUGGCCCCUGGAAGUUCCAGAAUGCCCCACACAAGUGUGCAGGGCAUUCUGGGGAGACCCCUGAUGCCGCGAGGCUUCUUGUAGCCUCCCAGUCAGAGGUCUCCUUGUGAGUCACUGUGCUACAGCGACUUGCGAUUAAAAAAACCCCGGGGUUAGCAGAGUGCUCCCUCCGCAAACCUCAUUUAAGGGGAGGGCUACUCUGGCGGGCUGGCCGCCAUUGAACCUCUGGACUCACCUGUGAGCCCAGUAGUUCUCAUGAUGGAGAAAAAAUGGGAUGGUCUGCCUUAGCCCAGUUUUCCUCCAUCAUGUGAAUAACCUCAAUAUUUAAUAUGCAGAUGAGGAAAAUAAGGUGAGCAUCUUUAUUGUAUAUAUUUUAGAACAAAUAUUUCAAAAGUGUACAUUAAGGGUCUAAUACAUAAAAUUCUUAUGCAGUAUUUAUGAAGCACAUAAGCAAUUUUUUUCUUAUAAAAGGGUUGUGUUUUGUAAUUUAUUUAACCCAAUUUUUGUCACUUCUAAGAAAUGUGAUGAUUUGAAAGACUUUCGAGCAGAUUAAAUAUGCCAACAUCUCAAUGAGGCUCUUUUCACAAUUGGUGAGAAGAGCCUCUAGGGGGGUUGCGAGGAGAGUGCACUAGGCCUGCUCUCCUCACAGACGACCAGCCAGUCUGCUCUGGGCAGCCGCAGCGGCCACUCAAACGACUGCCAGCUGCGUGAUAGAGCCAGCGGGGGCUGGGAGGAUCGAAGGCCGUGCAGCCCCCGGAAGCUCCAGUAUGCCCUGUGUGCUCUCUCCCUUAAUCUUAUUUAGCAAGGAGAUCUGGUGAAAUCCCGGUGAUUCACAUGAGUGUGCAAAACCGGGCUGGGCUCCCUUAGAAUGGUUUUGCAUACUUGUAUGAAUAGGCUCAUGGUCUUCUUGCUGCUUCAAAGUCUUGGGCAUCCCUGAAAUUACCCAUACUAUUUUCAGUGCACUCAAAAAUGUCCCAUCUGUUACACUGCUCACACACCAGAGUUUAUGAGGUUUUUCUAGGUAAUCAGUUAUAUAGCACAAUAAAUUCACAGUUGUGGGGAAUUCAGGCAUUUUCAUUCAAGGUAUUGUUUCUGUUGUGGGAAUAGUAAAAAGCUACCGAACCCAUGUCAUGUUUAUAUUAUUUUUGCAAACUUUAUGAAUGCUUUUAAAGAUGGAGGCCUCAGAGUUGGAAGAUCUCAUGUAUCAGCUAGUUUUUAAGAAUAUAAGAACAACCCUGCUGGAUCUGGCCCAAGGUCCAUCUAGUUCAGCAUCCUGUUUCCCACAGUAGCCCACUAGAUGCCAAUCUGGGAAACCCACAGGCAAGAGAUGAAGACACACCUGCAACUGAUAUUCAGAGGCAUCCUGUCUCUGCCUGUAAGUAGCAUAUAGCCAUCAAGACUAGUAACCAUUGAUAGACUUGUCCUCCAUGAAUUUAUCUAAGCCCCUUUUAGAGCUAUCUAAGCUGGUUGCCAUCACCACAUCCCAUGGUGCAUCAUCUAUCAGCAAUGCCUGACCAUUUCCAUUAAUUUUAGUUGUUAUUUAGAAACUUGCAGUAAGUUUGCAUUUUUUUCUCCAGCACCGUAGCACACAUCUUUUAUUAUUAACAUUGGUUAGCAUACAGUAUUGGGUAAUGCAGGUGGUUCAGCACUGCCUAUCCCCCUCCAUGUGUCUAAAGCACUGCCCAUGGUAUUUCAGAACAAUUUACAUAGCAAAAGGAAUGAAAAAAAAUAUCCCAAAGGAGCUCACAAUCUAAAAAGAAGCACAACAGACAUACAAGAACCUGAGGAAUGGUAUGCUGGGUUGAAUAGGGCCAGUUGCUAUUCUCCUACUAAAUAUAAAGGAGCCCCCACAUUAAGAGGUGUUUCUUAGCAGGGCAAAGUUUUUAAUGUGAACUAAAACAAGGCUUUUCCUCCAUUAGGAUCUUAUUACUGGUGCUGGAUUAGGGCUAGUGUAAGUAUAGUGCUAGAAAUUAAAUUCAGGAGUUUUUUUAAGUCUUGGGAGGCCCUCACUGAGCAAAGCCAAAUGACCAAUAUGUGUUUAGCAAAUUUGCCACAACUGACACUGCCAUUUUUGUCCAAAUGAUAGGCAAUUUUGAGUACUUUAUGGCAGUUUUUUCUACACAUUUUAAGAAGCUAAAUAAUGGAAUAUUUUAUUGUUGAAUGUAAAAUAUAGUUUAAAACUUAAACAAAGUUGCUCUCAUUUGUGCUGUUUUAAUAUAUGUUUUUAAAAGGUGGUUAAUUUUCUACAUAUUCUACACAACUGUUACACACAAUGUGCAAAACGUAUUUUAUCAGUAAGUGGGGUAGGGUGGGACACUUGCCUUUUUCAACCAUCCUCUUCCGUUUCCAAGUUGGAGAAGUUCAUAACCCCAUAAGAAGUAAAUAGGCAAAACAUAUUAAAGCAUUUAAAAAUAACUUAGCAAGGAGGAUGAUAAUUUAUCUGAAAACUUGCCACUGUAAAUUUGACUCCAGAUGUCUUCAGCUGGUGUCAAUGAGCACUGCAGGAAUGUUCACUGACUCAGUAAUUUCCUCCUUAUUGGCAUUUCGAUAGGAGCUCUAUUAAAGUCAUCAUAUCCACAUGUAGUUUUCUAAUGAUCUUGGAACAGGAAAGUACAAGGUCAUAGUGCAAAGGAAUAACAAUGUAAAGUUCCAUACAUAGAUACUACAAAUUAUGCAAAGAAUGAAUACAAAAUACAUUUUUGGGUGACUGAGCAAAAGAUUUGGCUAAACACAGUUGCAUAGAGAGGGAAAUUGGAUUAAAAUAAAAUUGGGCUUUAUUGCCCUUAGUUUCUUUUGUAUACCAAUGGAGAUUGACAUUCUCUACAACAGUGUAUAUAUUUGUACUAAGCCUGUGCAAUCUAAAAAAUGUUGGAAUUGACCCAACAGAGAAAUUGGCAAGAGGGCUGAUAUGAUCCCCCUAAAUUGCCUGGUCAUGUCAGAUUGGAAAUCUGACAUUCAUGUUGGACCAAGCUAAAUGGCCAGCAAGCUGCCUCUCUCAGCUGAGAGGUGGCACAUAGGCCAUUACAUUUUUUAGCCUAGCAUUUCUCCUCUGCAUGGGCUGUUUAACUUUCAAAUGGCCAGCCUGAUGCCUCUUAGUUGAAAGGCGGCUUGCUGGCCAUUUAACUUGGCUCUGACAGGAAUGUCAGAACUUCAGACACUAGAGCAAGGAGUUUAGUCAAAAGUUCCCAGCUGCUGGGUCUGAACUCAUUCUGGUAAUGACCAACAGAGGGCAUAUCAGGUCCAACAUGCUUGUUGGACUGACAUGACUACACAGCCCUAAUAUAUACUGGUAUUGAAUAAGGAGUUGAAUUAUGACAUUUCAGAGAAAAAGAUCUCUACACUGACAUGCUCUAUAAUUCUAUGAAAAUAUAGAAGUUCAUUGAAUAAUUACUUGUAUGCUGACUUUAAAAAAAAUGUUCUCAGAGAAGUUUACAUAGCAAAAGGAAUGAGAAGAUGGUUCCCCAUCCCAAAGGGCUACCAUUUUGAAAAGAAACCCAAGCAGUGGCCACUGGGAGGAUGUUGUGUUGGAAGAAAUAAAUGCAGGUGUUAUCCCUGCUAAAUCUAAAAGAGCUUAAUCUUCGACGGUGCCUCUUUACCAGUUAGCAGGAGAUGUGAUAGGACCAACAUGUUUUUGUGGUAAGCUCUUGCAAAAAGGGGAUUAAUCUACAGGUUUCAGAUUUGGUUUGUUUCAGUUUGUCAAACACCUAUACUUCACAACACGCUCUACCUUUCUUGAAAGAUUUUUAUCACGUCCUAGAGCUCUACCUGGGUUUGCUUCAGUGUCAGUAACCACUAUUACUACAUCACUGACAAAGCUCUAUCUUUCUCAUAAGACUUCACUGUUAGGUUUCAGGACUUCUGACUUCAAAACGAAAAGAUAGGGGGAAAGUAGUAAGUUAAAAUAAACGAAGAACUCACUGCAUUGCAGUGUGUAAGCACAAGCAUGCAUGCACACUUCUUUGCUUUUUAAAAAAAUGAAAAGCAAAUGGUAAUAUAAGUUUCAUCCAUCCAUAAUAAACAGCCAUUUUUAUACCAUUACGCUAUAAAAUGUCAGACUAAGGAUCUGUUAACCUGGGAUUUUCAUUAGAUGAAAAUUAGGAGUAAUCCUCAACCCUUCUAACAUCAGGUCCUGAUAGAAAAUGGUUGGCAUGGCAACUGGGGGGUCUAAAUGUACACAUUUUGGGGUAGUACAACUGAAUGACAGCUUAUCCUCUGUUGGUACAAAGCAAUUUAAGGUCAGGAAAAUAAUGGACUUCCAAUAAAUCUACUAGCUUCUAAAUCCAUACCUCAUUUCUUGGGGGUACUUAAUGAUACAGAGCAGAGGCGCUCUUACCCCCAGACCUUGGGGCCAUGGUCCAUGGCCUCCAAGGUCCGGGGGCACCUCCAGAUGACUGGGGGGGGGGCUCCUGCUGCCACCCCACACCCUGCCCUGCUGUGCCGAACCACAACUUUUCUGUAAUUUUAGCCGCCAUGUGCGCCGCCAGGGGGGUUGGCGGAGCAGGCAUCCCCCCUCCCCCUCGGUGGCAAGUAAAGUUGCUUCUGGGCCUGUCCAGCUGGCCCAGCGGCCCUUGUAAACUGCAAGGUGUGCCUGUGCAGUUAGAAUAUAUCAUCGUAAGCCCAUGAUGAUCUAUUCAAACUGCGCAGGUGCACCUUGCAGUUUUCAAGGGCCUCUGGGCUGGACGGACAGGCCCAGCAGCUGCCGUGUCUGCUGCUGCCACCAUGGGGCAGGAGAGGCCUGCUUGACUCACACACACACACCCCGCCAUUCAUGGCGGCAAAAAUUACAGAAAAGCUGCUGUUCGGUGCAGCAGGGCCUCGCAGUGGCAGGACAAGCCUUGCGGGGGGGGGCUCAUGGAGGGAGCAGUCUGGGCUCCAAAAUCACCUAGGUGUACCACUGAGGCAGACCAAGUGUAAACAACUUGUGGCAACCAGAAAUCUGUGCCUGCAUAGUUUUCCUAAUGAACCCCCCCCCCGCUAAAUUUACGCACAAUGGCUAGGAUCCAAAAGUAACUGUAUGUACAACCCUAACUAUGCUUGCUGUUUUUUCCUGCGCGGUUUCCACUGCAGUGAGAACUGCAAUGGUCAAGUCAAGAAGCAAAAUUCCAGUUCAGUGUGCAGUUCUCUUCCAAACACACAAAGACAUACACAUUCCUUCUAUGGAUCCUAACUCAUAUGUAUUUUUUCUGGAAUAUGCAAAUUCAUUAUUUACAUAUUCAAAAAAAUGAAAAAAAUCAGUGUCUUAAUUAAACAUGAAUGUACACAGCUGAAAAGGUAUAAAUACCUGAACAAAUCUUCAGUCCAAAGGAAUGAAAGUUGCCUAGUUGUUUGCACGCCUUCCUUUACAAGAUUGUAAUCUUCAUUAUUCAUAUCUGCUGGGAAAGUUUUAUUGUGUUUGGUAAAUAUAUUUGUAAUGGUUAAAAAAAUUUCAACAAAUGAUUUUUUUUCUGCAGGACAAUUUUUAUUAUUUUUCAAUUUCUUCCAUUCUUUUAUUAAAAAACGAUUAAAGAAGAGAAUUGCAAUAUUUUACAUUAGUGUACUAUCCAGCCUCAACUAUUCAAUGUGGCCUCAGUAUCACUGCGUAUUUUGACUGCUGUCUGAGCAUAAGGAACUGCCUUUUUAAUCAUUCAUGUACCUAUUAUAGUGAUGAUUUUUGAACAAACUCUACAUUGUAUUUCUUUUUAAAUCUGAGUUUGGUCAACCCUGUGAUGAGACAAAUGCCAUUUUGUUGCUCCAAAGUUCAUAGUUCCCGAGGGUGCUUAAGCUAUCAAAAGGGGACCACAGAACUUUGCAGGGGUAAACUCCAUAAUGGGAUUUUGAAAGCUUCUCUAAAAGUCAAAUCCACAAACCAUUUAAACCAUACGUUAUGGAUCUUACAUGGAGACUACAAAGUGACUAUGAGGGAAUAUUACCAUUAUCACUAUGAACAUAGAGCAUUAUUCAGCCAAAGUUAAGUGCUCAAGUUCAUUCGCUAAAAGUUCCAUUGAAAUCAAUGGGUUUUUUAAAAGCUCAAGCUAACUAGGUCAUGUGUUGUCCAUAACAGUGGCUGAUAUCCCAACUAACAGUGUGUGCAGAGGUGCGAUGGGAGUCAUAAUGCAACUGUCCCAGUCCUCCUGCAUGUGCACUGGUGUUCCAGAGUCCUUAGAGUCCAGAACACUCCCUGCACUCUGGAAGGCCUCUGCAAAAUCGGAAACACAUUACUGAAGGUCAGCGAGUUAGUCAAGAUUGUCUGCCAAUGUCUUUGGGGUGCCCAGGGCUUACUUAGUGGUUGCUUGGCUUCAAAAAAGCAACUUCACUGUUCUGUCAUUAUUUUGAGUCCUUCUAGUCCGGUAGAAUAUUACUACACAACAGAGUUCCAGUAAGUUCAGGACGUUUCUGCCUAAUUCUAUACACGUGACUCUCACAUGUUAAGCAGUUCUGAGGUAAGAAAAAUGCACCAUAAUUAGAGGUACCUUGGAAUGCUGUUUUUUACAUAAAAAGAAAAGCACCGAAGUUCAAACUAGAAGUCUGCAGCCAAAUAACUGGUUGGUUAGGUCAAAGCUGUAUGUGAAAUUUAGCCCCAAUAUACCCUUCUGGCUUUUUCCUCAAGAGCUGCAUUGCUAGUCAAGUCUGAAUUAUUCUUUUAGCUGCCUUGCCACUGGCCUUCCUGCCUUUAUCUUCUCUACACCGUAAUAUAUUUCCAGUCCUCAGCCUGCCCAGAAAGCCAGUCCUAUUUCUAAGUCCUAUGCAUGUCUCUCUUUCGUGGGUAUUUUAAAAGGAACAAAACCCAAUCAACCCAAUAUGUUUCCCUUCCGUUACAAAUUCUUGUAGCAGCUUUGUUCCCUGAGCCUGAAAUGUUUGUGAACACUCCAUGGUAUUACACCAGCUCAGCCAAACUGCCUCAGAGCUUCACUGCCACAAUCACAAUUAUGAAACACCUUCAAAGAGAAUUCCACUGACUGUCCUAUGACUUCUAAAAUCUCAGUACCUCAUUCUGUGCUGAGGAGCUGUCUGCAGAUAAAUCAGCCUACUGAGAUGCUGAAUUCAGCACUGCAGGAGUCUCUUCAUAGCAAUGCCAUGUCCCCUUCAAUUAAAAGAGUCAGCUGUAAAACAUAUGAGAAGAAAGGCAAUUAGACAAGCCUUUCGAUAUGUAUUGUUCCACAGUUGGUACGUCUCAUUUCCUGACUUGAACUCAAGAAAUCAGAGAUUGUUAAUUGACCAGGUAGCAUUUAUGUAAAGACAGUAGACUUGGAAUAUACCAAAGAGUAAUGUUUAGUUUGACUUGUCAGGCAAAAUCACUUUGGCAGUUUCAGGCAGUUCAGAUGAGCUAUAGAGGUGGUGAAGCAGCCACGUGAAUGCUCCUCCAGUGUGGCCAAAAGCCUGUUUAGCAGGCUUCUGUAAAGAGCUUCGUGGUUGUGCAUGGAAUUUGGAGAUGGGCACAAGGUAAAGCAUUUCAGUGAAGCAUAGUUAUUUCACGACAGUACUGAAAAGCAAAGGCUUCAUGAAUGGGAACGAAACCCUCAAAAAGGGUCAUGUGAAUCAACUGAGACUAAAAGAACUGAACGACUGCACUUUGGCACAGCAAAAUGACAAAGCCUAACUAGGUUCUUCAUUUACAAAUUGUUGGAUGCAGAGAUUCAUAGUGAUUCUGACACCUGUAUGUUAAAAAAAAAAGUCUUUUAUACUUGGAUUCAAGUCAAUCAUUAUCCCAUUUGAUGACAAUAGAUCGGCAUAAAUUCAUUUACUAUGGCUUGACUGGUUCUGGGCUGGAUUAUGUCAAUUUAUGUUUCAUAAGUAAUGAAACUUAAUGCCAACAAAUUGCAGAACUAUAAUCUGUGUGUUCAAAUAUUUCUUGUUAUUGAACAUUUCAAAAUCUGUAUGUCGAUAUUUGAUAGAGGUGAAUUCCUGCCGAUUCCUGAAACACAGAGGUAGAUUAUGACCACAAUCCAGAGAGUUGCUUUAGAUGACUAAGGGGGUUUUCAGAUGACCAGCAGAACUUUUGAACUUCCUUGCUUCUCAAGAAUCUCCAAGCUAACACACUUGAGUUUCCAAAGCAGUUGUUAUGUACCACAUGUGGCGGGGGGGGGGGCAGAGCUUGAAAACAAAAACCAAAUCCUGCUAUGCACACUCCUCUGGAUCAUGGGCCCAUGGAAUUAAACUGAAUUGGCAUAUAUAACAUUAAUAUUGAGGCAUGUCUCUUUCCACGGUUGACUUUGUUAACAUGCCUUCAUCUUCACUGAAAAGUUUGGAGCAAUAUUAAGACACACAGUUACCAUGUUUGUUGACAAAGAAUUUUUUUCCUUUUAUUUCUAAUUUGCAGUACGAGUACACACUUUUUUUUAUUUUUACUUGAACAUAUUGGCUAGACAACUUUUGACAAUCAUUUCUUAGCUAGAGGUGCUAUUCGUGUUCCAAAGAUGAUCGGACUGACAGCAAAACUUCUCUCUUUUUUGUCUCAGUAAGCUGUUUUGACAUGACAAACGUUUGCUGUUUAUACUGUAUAUUAACAUUGUAUAAAGGCAUACACAUUGUAUUGUGUUAUAUUUAAAUGGAUAUUUAUUCUUUCUUGACCAUUAAUUGCUAUUCCCAGGCCUGUUUUAGCAUCUAAUAUGUCUAGAAAGUCCAUAUAUAUUUAUGGAAUUAUGGAAAGAAUAUCCAUGGUGAACAAUUUAAAUAAGCAAAAACAUAAAAUAAAAUUUCCAUGUAAAGUUUCUGAA